AUGUUUUCCAACACUCUUGAGGAGAUAUACGACGGUACCAAAGGCACUGAUCUCUAUGAUAUCGAGCAAGGUGUGGAUGCCCACAUCCUGAAUACCUCCGUCGAGAGCAUUUCGUGGCAGGAUGUGACGGUUUCCGUGAAGGAUAGAGCUACGAAAUCACAAAAAAAUAUUGUUGAAGAUGUUGGCGGCAUUGUCCGAGCCGGCCAAUUGUGCGCGAUCAUGGGGCCAUCUGGGUGUGGCAAAACGACACUGUUGAAUAUACUCGCACAUCGAGAUGCCAAUACACAAAACACAAACGGAUCUGUACUUAUCAAUGGCUCAAAGGUGCCUAUGCCCAAGUUUCGAGAAAUAAGUUGUUUUGUGGAACAGGAGGAUGCUCUGAUAGGAUCGCUCACUGUCAGAGAGACACUGGAGUUCGCCUCUCGCCUCUCCACGGCUUCGAGUUCCCUUCCGUUAAAGGAACGAGAGGCCCGUAUCGAUGGUCUCCUAGACGCCUUCGGCCUGCGUGAGCAGAGCAACACAAUCAUCGGAACCCCUAUACGGAAAGGCAUAAGCGGCGGUCAGAAGAGACGCGUGGGCGUCGCAAGUCAACUCAUCACAAGUCCGAAAAUCCUGUUCCUGGACGAACCAACUAGCGGCCUCGACUCUGCUGCAAGCUGGGAAGUGGUCAACUACUUGAAAAUGGUCGCCAGACGCAACAAUUUGAUCGUCAUUGCUAGCAUCCAUCAGCCUUCUGCCUCAACUUUCCAUCUCUUCGAUAAGCUUCUGCUCCUUUCCCAGGGCAAGACACAUUACUUUGGUUCAGUCAGUCAUGUUGCCGGGCACUAUACGCAAGCCGGACAGCCGAUUCCGCUACACACAAACGUAGCCGAAUACCUGCUCGAGCUCGUCAAUACAGACUUUGCUCUUGACAAAACUUCGGCACAGCACAAGGUCGAACACCUGCAGAAUGCCUGGGAAAGGUCGGCCGGGCGUGCUGCAGUGGACGCUGAGAUCGUGCAGGUACGAAUCGAUGGGAAGGAUGAUGACGGUCAGCGGUUGUUCGAUUAUGCACGACAGAAGCCAAACAUGUUGGGCAUUAUACUGACCCUCCUGCAUCGGUCCUUUAUCAAAAGCUAUCGCGAUGUCGUGGCUUAUGGCAUACGCGUAGCCAUGUACUUUGGCCUCGCAGUCAUGAUGGGGACGGUAUGGCUACGACUGGGCACAGAUCAGUCGUCAAUCAUACCUAUUACUAAUGGAAUUUUCUUCGGUUCUGCGUUCAUGUCAUUCAUGGCAGUUGCCUACGUACCAGCUUUCCUCGAAGACCGCCAACAGUAUGUCAAGGAGCAUCUCAACGGUCUAUACGGCGCUACCGAGCUGAUGAUUGCGAAUUUCCUGAUCGGAAUACCCUACCUAUUCAUCAUUUCCGUGAUCUUCUCGGUGAUCUCCUAUUGGCUCUCGAAUUUCCGGCCAGACGCAGCGGCAUUCUUCACUUACCUCAUGUGGCUAUUUCUCGAUCUACUCGCAGCGGAGUCCCUGGUAGUCCUGAUGACCUCGUUGUUCCCAUCUUUCGUCAUCUCGCUGGCCCUGGUCGCGUUUGCCAACGGCCUUUGGAUGAGCGUUGGGGGUUUCCUCGUGUCUCCCAACAUUCUCAACGUUUUCUACAAAUAUGUGUUUCACUACUGGGAUUAUCAGAAAUGGGUCUUUGAGGGUAUGAUGGUCAACGAGUUUGCCCAAAGAACGUACGAGUGUGCCCGCGAUGCUACCGGAGGGUGCCACUGCAUGUUCGAAAGCGAGCUUGAAGACCAGUGUUUGAUACAGGGCCAGGCCGUCCUGGAUUCGUAUGGAUACGAGAGCGGACAUCUAGGGCGUAAUGUGGGGAUAAUGAUGGCCAUCGUUGUCGGUUACCGAAUCGCCGCAUGGCUUGUCUUGAUUCUGAGGAGGUGA